AGACCUCCCCAGCCCCGGGCGCACCGCCGUGCGCCCAGGGCGCACGGAUGGGUGGGGAGGGGACGGCCUCGCCCCUCUCCACCAUGAGCGGCGGGUCUGAAUCCUCUUCCCGCUCCUCUUCAUCCCCGAAGAACUGUAGCGAGUUGCAGUGGCUGUCCGACGACGAGAGCCCGGCCAUCAGCGCGGCGAUGUUCGCCGCCGGGGUCCUGGGCAACCUGGUGGCCCUGGCCCUGCUGUCGCAGCGCUGGUGGAGAGGGGCACGGGUGGGCCGGUCCUCCCCGGCCGACCGUCGCCAGCCCAUCACCCUCUUCCACGUGCUGGUGACCGGCCUGGUGGUCACCGACCUGCUGGGGACCUGCUCCAUCAGCCCCGUGGUGCUGACCUCCUACGCCAGCAACCGGACCCUGGAGGCCCUGGCGCCCUCCCGGAGGCUGUGCAAGUAUUUUGCCUUCGCCAUGACCUUCUUCAGCCUGGCCACCAUGCUGCUGCUCUUCUCCAUGGCCCUGGAGCGCUGCCUGGCCCUGGGUCACCCCUAUUUCUACCAGCGGCGGGUGACCCGGAGUCGAGGGCUGCUGGCCCUGCCCGCGGCCUACGGGCUGUCGCUGCUCUUCGGCUCCCUGCUGCUCUUCGACCAGGCCAGAUACGAGCAGUACUGCCCGGGGACCUGGUGCUUCCUGGCACCCCAGGACAGCAGAAUCCUGCGCCUCUAUGCCACCCUGCUGCUGCUGCUCAUCGUGUCCAUCCUGGCCUGCAACCUGAGCUUCGGGCUCAGCCUGGUCCGCAUGCACCGUCGGCGACACCGCGGCCUCCGGGCGGGCAGGGGCCGGCGGUCGUCCGUGACCCAGGAGGCCGACCACCUCAUCCUCCUGGCCAUCAUGACCAUCACCUUCGCCGUCUGCUCCCUCCCGAUCACGAUUUACGCCUACAUGAAUAAAACUUACAUAAAGGAGGAAAACUGGGAUUUGCGAGUGCUGAGAUUUUUAUCGAUGAAUUCCAUCAUCAACCCGUGGGUCUUUGCGAUCCUCCGUCCCCCCGUGCUCCACCUGGUACGGUCUGUGUUGUGCUGUCAGAUUUCAUUUAGGACCCAAGAGGACCCCCGGAAUUCCCUCCCCGCGCAGUCCAAAACCGCAGAGUGACCCCUGGAAGGGGGGAGUUCCAAAGCGCUCUUUGACACUUCAGUGAGAUUCCUUUGAAGGGGUUCCUCGGAGGGAGAUCCAGGAAGGCAACCGGGAGAACGUGCUCUGAAGCCCUCUUGAGGGGCAGAAAAUGGUCAAAGCAACGGGAGGGGCAACGGUCCUUGGGAGAGGCACUGCGGGAAAAUCAUCGAAAGGAUCCCAGAAAUUUUUCUACAGCGAGUGAAUUACAAGGCCUUGCAGAAAACCACGUCUAAGGAUCCAGAUACAUAGGAGCAAGGUUUGAUUAUCUCCAUUCUGAAGUUUCUCAUGGGAACUUAAGAAUGCAUAUUGUCCUGUAAUUUGCUUAAAACUCUAAAUAGUCACUGGCUAUUCCGUCUUAAUCUGUCGUGCUGCUACAGUUAGAAACAAUGUGUGCAAUCGGAUGGGAGAAGAUAUAUUUAAUCAGAGCUAUUGUAUAUAAAACCUCGGAUUAUCUAGGAGUGGACAUUUUUAUCUGUGGAAACACCUUGGGGGUGUUUAAAUGAAUGUGUUUUGUAUUUAGGUAUGUCUUCUUAUCACUGUAACAGCAUUCAGAAACAAGGCUUAAAGAUCAUUUUAUGCCUUGUUUGUUUUUCUGUUUGUGAAGGUAUUCUAAGUGAAUAUCAGGGCAUUAACUUGGCACUGCAGUCUUCAUCUACAUUCCCGAUAACCACAGGAUUUGUUGGAAUUGUCCAGUCAUUGACAGAUUCGGCGUUUUGCUGUUGGACUUCAUCUGAAAUUCAAAAAUGCACCCACCACAAUUCAGACUUGGUGGUUAAGAGGAAGAGCAGGUGUGAGAGAUAUCUUCUAAAUCAACCAAUCAAUAUUAUUUAUUGAGUGUCUAUUCUGUGCA